CAACCACUGUUAAAUUCUCGGGAAGCUUCUGUGAGGACUGAGCUAAAGGAAGUUGCAGUCCAUGUUAGGAAAUGUUCUCCCUGGGGCGCUGCUGCAGUCAGCCGGACAGCUCAGUUGAUCGCACACAGGAUUUCUCUCCGGGACGGAUCAUAAUCAUCAUAAUUCGCCAUCAUGGCUCAAGCUAAAAUCCAGGCGAAAACGAACGACGCUACGUGCAGCAAGUUCAGCAGGACGCUGUCCAUGGCAGAUCGCUCCGGACAACUCCUGGAAAGUUUGGAUCAGCUGGAAAUGAGGGUGGAGACUUUACGCGAAGCAGCAUCGGCCAUGGAGCAUGAAAGGGAGUGCAUCCUGGAAAUGAUCCAGUCCAUUCAGAACGGCCAGGAACUGCGAAACAUCUGUCCUGGGGAGAGAGAAGAGUUAAGUUUAACUGCAAACCGUCUCAUGGGCCGGACGCUGUCUGUGGAGAUCAGGGUUGGCACAAUCAGAAACUCCCAGCAGGAGGAGGCGCUGCACAAGGCCACAUCUGUAAUCGAUGAAAUAGUGAAAAAGUUGCUGGAUGACAUGGAGAGUGGGCGGCAGCAGCUGCGGGCCCUGCACGCGGCUUGUGUAACCGAGGCCCCGCCCGUCCCCAUCGACCAGAAGUUUCAGGCCAUAGUCAUCAGCUGUGCUCUGGAGGACCAGAAGAACAUCAAGCGGAGGCUGGAGACUUUGUUGAGGAAUGUUGAAAAUGCUGAAAAGAACAUCAAGAUUAUGGAUCACCAAAAACUGGAGGGCCCAAAAGCAAACGGCUGUCAAUAAGACCCUUCACUCAAACAUGAAAUGUCUUUAAUGCCACUAACCUCACCCAGAACAGUUGUCGUAAUCCUAUACUAACUUUAGGAGGGACUCUAUAUGUAGCAGCAAGACCAGUCUCUAUGGGAAAGUUACAAUGAUGCUGAGCCUUAGGGCCAAGAAUACAGUAAAGCACAAGAGACACCAUCAUUCUCCCUGAAGAAAUAUUACAAUGACUUUUGGGCAUAAUCAAGUUUUACCUUCAAAUUUUUGUAAUUUACACUGACUUACUUAAUAUGCAUUGCUAAUGUAGAUACUGAGUACACGUGCAUGUGUUCACAUAUGCACUUAAGUAAGAUUCAAUGGCAUAGUGCUGCUCCAUUGGAUGUUUGGUCACAGUUUAUUGUUAAAUCCAGUUCUUGACUAACAAUGAAUUUAAUGAUGAAGUACCUUUUUCUGAUAGCCUCACCUUUUAAAUCAGACACUUGGUAAUGAUUUUAGAUGUGUAUACACUACCUCCUUGUGUGAAGGCAACACCAAUCACAUUAAGCUGUGGAUUUUAGUUCAUUUUUGCACAAAGCAGUUUUGAUGUCAGAUUAAGUGUCAACAUAAAUAAAACACAUUGUCUAAUAAGCGUUAAGGAGAUAAGUCUUAUAUUAAGGAUGGCCUAUUGCUGUACGACAUAAACACAGUCGAUGAAGCAGGUACCUUUAUUUCAUUCAGGUUGGUCUAAAUCCUGUUGGUAUCAAAUAUAUUUAAAUGAGACCUACCCAUAACAAUUGUUUACUGUGUGAAGUUAUUGACAAAAUGACAAUGUAAACAAGGCAACAUUGACUGUGCUGUACGUAGUUAGGCUAGUCAGCUAUAAACAGUAAGUUUGACAAUAACAUCUUAACUCAAGGUCUACUUACUAGCUUUUUCAGGAGCUUUCAACAUCUAUUGGCUUUUGGACUGUUAACUUGUUCUAACCAAUUACAGCUAAGCAAAAGUGUUUUAAUGUAAAGUUUGACUUAAAGGAUUGUAUUGGCAGAACAAUAUUGUCAUUUGAAAAUACACACUGGAUGCUCAAGAAAAAGGUAGUUUUAUUCAUGUCAAAUAACCAUCAACUCCCCCCCACC